AUGUCGAAGCCAUUUGAUCCCGAGACGGCCGAUAACCUUGAGGAUAUGGAAAAGCAGUUCGCAGUGAAGGCUGUCGAACAUCUCAUGACAUACUGGGCCAUUCUUGAGAAAGUCAGGGGCUCGCAGCUGCGCCUGACCAAGAUGGAUGACGAGAUCUACGAAUCCUUCAAGACUGAGUUCCCUGAUUUCGAUCCCGCCGCGACCAUCAACGAGGACGACAUGAAGAGCAAGGCUGGCAAGGAGAAGUGGCGCAACUGGGUCAACCAGUACGAGAAGAAGAUUGAGGAUUUCAACUUUGGCACGAUCGUUCGAACCCGCGCCGAUGCUGAGUAUGAUCAGGAUACCACCAUUUUCGGUGUUCGCAUGCAAUUCUACGCUAUUGAGAUUGCUCGUAACCGUGCGGGUCUGAAUGACUGGAUUUACGAGCGCGCCCAGAAGGCUAGCUCUUGA